GGAACACCCGUACACACAAGUAUCAACCAUUCCCAUCGGAAACGGCGUGUUUUUAUCUUUUUUUAUCUUUAUAUCCGGCGUGUAAAAAUAAUCUGACUUCACGAGCUAGCCCUCUAAGCUAAUAGAAUCCUGUCAGCAGCAGCAGGCCUGAACUCUGAUGUGUAGUGACCGCUGAGUUUGUGACGUUCUGGACGUGAGAGACGUAGAAGAUGAGUUCACAGCAGUAUCAGCGAGCGGGACUGAACCCCACACACACACAGGCAGCAAACACACCAGGGGUCCAAACCAAGCAGACCAACGCAGGUCAUGAGGACAGUGGGCGUGACUCAGGUCUCGCUUCUUCCUCCAGCGCCGCCACUCCCCUCAGAGAUGAAAAGCAGGAGCCGGUGGUGGUGCGACCGUAUGGCCCGACGUCCUCCGCCACGCCGUCGCUGCCUCAGCACAUCCCUGUGACCUUCAACGAAGGACCAAGCAAGUCUGCUCUGAAGACUCCUAUUUCUAGCCGUGUAAUCGCCCCAGCUCCAGCUCAGGGGCAUCUCACCCUGCCUCACAAAGUACCUGGUCACAUCACCGUCACCAUGGAGAGCACCAUGCCUCAGGCGUCCGGGAUUCCAGUGGCCACCAUCAGCGGGCAGCAGGGUCACACUGGAAACGUGCACCGCAUCAUGACCAAUUUGCAGAUUAUCCGUAGCGGGACUCCGGCGCUGCAGAUUGGACCCUCGGCUGCGCCGCAACAUCAGUUUCCCUCACAUUUACCCAGAGGAGCUGCGGCCGCUGCUGUAAUGUCCAGUUCAAAGGGAGCGACUGUAUUGAGACCGGCGUCAGGACCAAACGCCGCGGCAGGACAGCCGACAGUGCAACACAUCAUCCAUCAGCCCAUUCAGUCACGCCCGAUAGUCACCACGUCCACGGCGGUCUUGCCCACAGUGGUAGCUCCGGUGGCGGCCACCAGGCCUCAGUCUCCGGUCAUCAGCACGGUGACGGCUCACUCAGGAGAGUUAGUGCACGGACGCUCAGCUAUUACCAUCCACCCUCCUGCUGCUACCCUGAGUAUCCAGCGGGCUCCUCACGCCCGGGACACGGGACGCAUCACACUUCCGUCUCACCCAGCUAUCGGCACUCAGAAGCCCCUCACACACUCCAUGGCGCAGAAACCAAUCUUCAGCACCAUGACACCUGUUGCUGCGGCAACCGUUGCCCCUAUCCUGGCCACCAACACGGUUCCUUCAACCACAACUAUAGGCUCCGUGACCCAGUCCCAGGUAUCCAGCAGUAAUAUAGUUACAGUGACCGUUGCCUCUCAUUCCACUCACGCCACAGCAGUGACCACCUCCACCAUCCCCGUGGCGAAGGUGGUGCCUCAGCCCAUCACACACACCUCUCCUCGCAUCCAGUCUGACUUUAGUGGAGAAAGAGGGAACCUCAUCCCCAUCUCAGCCCAUCGUGCCUCUCCUAAUCCUGCUGCUGCUAUGGAGAACCGCAGUGACACCAGGCAGUCUGUUCCUAUGCAGUUUCAGUACUUUCUGCCAACCUACCAAUCAGCUUCUUACCCUCUGACACACGCCUACACACCUAUUACCAGCUCGGUGUCCACCAUACGCCCCUAUCCAGUGACUGCUCAGGCGCCCUCUGCUGCUCAGCCUAGCAUGGGCGUGGCCUCCGCUGUCCACCUGAACUCCAUGCAGCUGAUGACGGUGGAUCGCAUCACUCAGAUCAACACUCAGAACAUGCAGCCAGCGGCCGUGGCAGCACAGGGAGGCCAAAACGCAGCCAUCGCCGCCCAGGGGCUUCACACCAGCACCCCGAUCACACCGCAGAGCAUGCAGGCUGCUCCCAUCAACCCCCAACAAAAUCCAAGUGAGGCCAAGACUUCAGUGGUGCUGGCUGACGGCUCGGCUCUGGUCGCCAACCCCAUCAACAGCACCUUUAACGCCAAUCAGCCUGUCGCCACGGUAACUCAAGCGCACUCACAGGGAGGUGGAUCGGGGACGCCAACACUAGUUUCGUCUCCUCGACCCAGCAUUCUCCGCAAAAAACCCACCAUUGAUGGCACUGCUGUGAGGAAAAAUCUGAUGGCAACUCAGCUCGGUGACUCUACCAGGAUGGACGGAGGUCUGAGGAACGCUGCAGGAUCACCACGACCUGCUGGAGUAAAACCCAAAUCCGACAUCCUCAUGGGUUUGGCUCCUCCUGUCAGUGCUGCAGUGGACGUCAUUCCUGGACAAAGUGGAGAGCAGAAUGUAGCCCCGCCUCCUUCGCAAAUCCCAGCUCAGCCCGUCUCCGCCCUCUUAGCUUCAGUCACGCCACCAUCUCAGCCUGUCCCUGCUGCCAUGGCUGUGACUCCUCCCAUCCCUUCAAUGGCCAAUGUGGUGGCUCCGCCUUCUCACCCAGCAGCCAGUAGUACCGCAGCUUGUGCCGUUAGCUCCACCCUUCCAGAAAUCAAGCAGGAGGCGGUGCCCAUGGACACCUCAAAACCAAUGGCUCCAGCGCCACCUAGUGGCACUCCUGCUCUUUCAGUGCCAACUGCAGAUCUCACACCCGGAGCUUCGCCCAGAAAAAAGCCUCGUAAGCAGCAGCACGUCAUCUCCACUGAGGAGAGCGAGAUGAUGGAGACCAACAGCACAGACGAGGAGAAACCUCCCGCUAAACCCGUCAGCCACCGUCUGGAGAAACGCAAAUCGCCUCCAAAAGAGUACAUCGAUGAGGAGGGUGUGCGGUACGUUCCCGUCCGAAUCCGUCCUCCGGUCACUCUUCUGCGCCAUUACCGUAACCCCUGGAAAGCUGCUUAUCAUCAUUUCCAGAGAUACAGUGACGUCCGGGUCAAAGAGGAUAAGAAAGGAGGUCUGCAGGAUGUGGCCAAUCAGAAAGGGGUUGUGUGUCGAGCUCAAGGCUGGAAGAUCCAUCUGUGUGCUGCUCAGCUGGUGCAGCUGACCAAUCUGGAGCACGAUGUCUACAGCCGUUUAACGAGUCUGCAGGAAGGUCUCGCUCCCAAGAAAAAAGUGGCAGGAGACGACGAUCUGCACCGCAUCAGUGAGCUCAUACAGGGUAACAUGCAGCGCUGUAAGCUGGUGAUGGAUCAGAUCACAGAGGCUCGCGAGGCCAUGAUGAAGGUGCUGGACCACCGAGAGCGUGUCCUCAAACUCCUCAACAAGAACAGCAACACCAAGAAGCUCCACAAGCUCCACAAACGCAAAGACAGAGCUUGACGCAGCUCCCAGCGACCUUCAUACACUCACGUCCGGCCCGGUGUUGGAGGUGCAGAAUGAACAGAUUCACCAAAAAAAAUAAAUAAAUAAAAAUCACACAGGAAAGCAUUAAACCUGGGAGAAGCUUGACAGAGCUGGAUCGAGAGAGCAUUAAUGUUUUGCAGUAUAAAAGCCUUACCUCCAUUACAGAAUGCACACAUGAGGGACAAUCACAGUUACGCUGCAAUAUACCUACACUAGGGGCGGAGUCACUAAAGGACGCUGAAAAGAAUUUCAAACACACCAUUAUUAUUUAGAGUCUCGUUAUACAUUUACUCAGUAAGGAAAUAUAUUAUAGGAUGAUACUUGAAGACAUUUUCACGAUAUACUAUGUUAUAAUAAUCUUAUACUAUCAGUAGUUCCAUAUUAAAAAAGAAAAAAACACUUAUUUAACGUCUAACUAAAAAAAUAUAUAUUUAGAUUUCAGCCAGAAAGAAAACACAAUGUUCCCUUUAUCCCUAACUUCUCGUUGUCCUGUAGGCCAUGCCUCCGAUUUGAGUCCGCUGCUAGCAAUCCAGGUGAAUCAGUCGUUUAACUUCGAUGUUUGGUGCUGCGAUUGUGGGGGUUUUUUUUUUUUUAGAUGUUGUGAGACACACCUCCCCGAAGAAGACGUGGGGUUGUGUAGUCGAUAUAUAAGCUUUCUUUAUCUGUUAGUAACAUUUAACGAACUGAUCCAAGGGUGGACAAAUCACGAGCUCAUCAUGAAGCCUACCGUUAAAGCGGACGCUCCAUUGAGCUUCCCAGCCUGUAAAUGACGAGGCUAAUACGUGGUAGAUAAGUUCAUUUAAUUUAAUGAAGUAUAGUUAAUUAAGCUAGUGUGUAUGGUCAUGUCAUAUUUGUUUGGCAUGAACUGUGGUGCUAUGUUUUGUCUUUACGUCUUGUGUGAAAAAUAGGAUUUAUUCGCAUUUACUACGUUUAUUCAGGAGUUCUGAAGUGUUCAAGUGUUCUGAAAAUCAUCCAUGUUAACUCUACGCUAAAUAUCUUUUCAGAAUGAGUGUCGCUAGCUGUAAUCACAUCAAUGUUUGUCACGCUGAUGCGAAGCACAUCAAGGUUAUAUGGUGCAAAAGUUUGUUCACCCCUAAUCAUCUCCUCCAUCAACAUGCCAGAUUUAUUCUCUCUGUGUUUGCUGUUAUUAUCAGCUCCACUGUUCUCUGAAGGUUUUCCGCUAGAUGUUGGAUUGUGGCUGUGGGGAUCAGUGGUCAUUCAUGUACGAGAGCAUUAGUGAGAUCAGAUGCUGAUAUUGGGAUGUUGAGGAGACUCCAGUUCCAGUUCAUCCCAAAGCUGUUCAGUCAGCGUCAGGUCUCUGUGCAGGACACUCUUCCACUUUUCUUCCAGCCUUCACCUCCACACCAUGUCUUCAUGGAGCUGCUUAGUGCACAGGGGCAUUGUCAUGCUGGAAUAAGUUUGGGCUUCUUAGUUCCAGUGAAGUGAAAUUGUAAUGCUACAGCAUACAAUGACAUUCUAUACAUUUGUGUGCUUCCAAGUUUGUGGUGAAGGUUUAGAGAAGAACGACUUGUAUGUGUGUGAUGAUCAGGGGCGCACAUACUUUUGGACAUAUCUUUGUCAAUAGCCGCUUGUCUGGACAUAAUUACAUGAUUUGUUCUUCUAAUAACAGUGUAGGUCUUGGAAUGAAUGAUGAAGCUGUUAUUGACUGUUAUAACUCAUCUGAUUUUGUCAAUACAAAUACCAAAAAUAAAUAAGAUAUGACUUUAUCUAUGGAAUAAAACACUAACAGCUUGGAUCUUAUCGCCCAGGCUGCAGAUUUGUCCACCCUUCGAUUUCAUUUGGAUGAAGUGGAACAUUGUGUGUGUUUCUUUUUUGUUUUUUCUUUUUUGGCUGUUUCUAUAAUAAAUAAAUGAAUAUAUUUGGUACAUAAAUAGAUUUACACAUCGAAACAGCUGCUUGUUUGCUCAGAUAACAAUGGAGUCGCUCGCUCAGUGUUAUCAGUAUUAACGAUGCUCUCAAAGGAAAAAAAAAUAUCAAUAGCGUGUCAUGACGUGUAAAUUAUCACUAUAUCGAUAUUCUAUUUGUCGUAUUGUUAGAGCAGAAAGACAUGGUCCUGUUUCAUAGAAAGCUUGAAUUGUGGAGGCGUAGAAUCAGCCAUGCUGUGUCUCAAAUCUACAGAGAUGUUUAUCCCCUAUCCUGUCCCAUCAUGCACCACAGAACGUAAAGGGAGGGGCUCCUUAACAACGUACCUUCUUCAUUUCACAGUAGCGUUGCACACUUUUUUUAAGCAUGUGGUCAUCAGGAUGAGAUUUGAGACACGUCGUGAUGGCUCCAGCGUAGGAAACGCCCACAGAACCAUUUCUACGUCCCCGAUCCUCUUAAACAGCACUUCCUUUCGCAAUAGCGUAUCUCUGCAUUCUUUACAUAAAGUUCUUCUUCAGGACAUUCACUGUGAGAAUCCAAGCACAAAAGUGCUACGUCUAUGUGAGAAGUAACACCCGGUAGUAGAUUUCACCCCCUGUAAGGGUGCCUCGUGUUGCUUGUGACCUCACGUGAGCAGCGGGAAGGCGUGUGCCGAAGGCGAGUGUAAAAUUCCACCACUUUUACAGCAUCAAGAUUUAUUUUAGAAAUGAUUCUGUCCACAGUUUCCUCUGAUCUAUAGUUUCUGUAGUGUAAAGAUCAGGUUUUUUAGGAGCUUGCUCCUCGAAAAAAAUCGAAGGGCUGAAGAGGAAAUAUCAGAGCGUCUAUGACGAUGCUAUGUAUUGUGAUCGUGCAUCAUGGAGCUGGUCUUCGGCACAUGCCUUCUGAACGUUCUCCAGCUUUAAACCUCUGCUUCGUGAUCCUACAGGGAAGCUCCAACGUUUCAUUGUUUGUUUUGGGGUUUUUUUCCAACUUAAUCUCUGUAUACAGUGUCUUUAGUGUACAUGAGAUUUGAAACUGAGGGAUGAAAUAAACCUGGAUAUAAAAUGCUCUUCUAGUAGGAGUCAAAGGGCUGAAGUUGUGGAGCCAUGAGGCAGCAAAAAAAAACAUUAAGUAGCUUGAGCUACUGUUUAUCGUUUAGAUGUUUAAUUAAUUAUUGCAUUAUAGAUUUGAAAUAUUUACAAUAUUUCAAAACUGCCCUGAGACUUCUAUUAUAACAUCUGUCCUUUUAAAAACACACACACACACAGAGGUUGUACACAGAGAUCAGGUUUUAAGGUUUUUUACAACAGCGUAUGGAGCACUAUUUGAACCAGGGCCUGUGCAGUAUUUUUCCCACAGUGCAUUGCGUGCACUGGAAAGGCGGAGUUGUCUUCCUGUGUCCUUCCUUAUGGUCAUUACUUCCUCACGUUCACUGUGUGCACUCGUAAACCUCCUCAACAAAAUCAACGGAACGAUGUGUGAACUUUUCGUUCUGUCUGAUUCGUUUUUCUUUAUUUUUUUCUGUCCUUGGUCUGUCUUUAAGUGUUGUCAGGCGGCUCGUCUCAGCCGGUUCCCUCGGGGCUACAUUGUCCCAUCGUGAUCGUCUUUCUGCCUUAGCUAAUCUCUAUUCUAAUCAUGCCCAAAUAUCUCUGAGUUUUAAGAUAAGGAAAUAAGGAUCGUGUGAGUGGAUAGAACUGUGCAUGUGAGUGUGUUUAUGUCUGUAUGUAUGCAGACCUUUGGUUUAAAAAAAAUGUGAUUUUUUUUUUUGCAUUAUAUAAUAAACUGACAAGCUUG